GCUGUCCUGUAUAAACACAGCAGCACACACUGUUCCAGUUACAGUACCCAGAGAGUGUCUGAUUACUGAGAGUCUGGCAGACGGCCAACGCUUUUCCAUUGAAAAAUACUCCAUUUGGCUCUUUGUCCAAGUAAAAACAGUACCACUUUACCGACUUUCUGCAGAUAAAAUAAAACUUCACGAACUGGGGAUAAAUCAUGGGCGGCAUGCAGAGUCAUUUUUUAGUUGAUUUAUGAUCUUUGCACUCUGCGCUCUCUCGGUUUUGGGGGAAUUUUCUUUACUUUUUGGAUUUGGAUGAGAAGCACAUUAGUCCUUGACCUCCCACGAGUCAACUCUGUGGAAAUGUAUGGGCAGAAAUCUCUGAAAGCUCUAAAGCUCUAAACAAAUGUUUGUGUUGUUGCAAGAAGCAUUGACUUCAUUCGUUUUUUUUUGACUCCCGUCUCUCAUUUUUGGGGUAAUGAUGUUUUCUCUGGCUCCGUGUCGGAGAUUCCACAUUCACUUUUCCACCUCGCUCUAGGAAUGACAUCCAGGACUCAUGAUGAUAUUAUUUUCUGAGCAGCUGCUGAACAACUCUCUGGAAGUCUACUUGCUACUUACACCUCUCCAUGGUUUUUCUUUCUGCUAAACAGUAUUUCAGAUCUUUUAACUCCAUAUUUUGCAUCAGGAUCACUUGGAUGUGUUCACCAAAGGCGCAGCUAUGUUGGGCGUCCUCCUCCUUCUGUCCCUCAUCUCCCUGGUGGCCCUGGUGCCUCCUCCUGCCCCCUGCAGGCAAUGCUGUGAUCACCUGGAGCCACCAGAAGGCAGCGGAGCCCAGCCGCCCAUCGGAGGGUUCAACUACGUGCCAGAAGUCCGCACCUACAUCAACAUGACCAUCCUCAAAGGUGACAAAGGAGAUCGUGGCGAAAGAGGAACACCAGGUAAACCUGGACACAUCGGCCCUCCAGGCUCCAUAGGCCCCAUGGGCUCCAAAGGUAGUAAAGGCCAGGCGGGUCCUCCAGGAGACCCCUGCAAAAUCCAGUACUCUGCCUUCUCCGUCGGCCGUCGCAAAUCCCUCCACAGCCUGGAGUCAUACCAGGCGCUCGUGUUUGACACGGUCUUCGUCAACCUGGAAGAGCACUUUGACAUGUUCAAGGGUAAAUUCAUCUGCCGCAUCCCGGGGAUCUACUACUUCAACGUCAACAUUCACACAUGGAACUUCAAAGAGACAUAUCUACACAUCAUGCAGAACGACGUGGAGAAGGCCAUCGUGUACGCCCAGCCCAGCGACCGCUCCAUCAUGCAGAGUCAGAGCGUGAUGCUGGAGCUGGACCUGAGUCACGAGGUGUGGAUCCGCCUGUACAAGAGGGAGAGGGAGAACGCAGUUUACAGUGAUGAUGUGGAUGUCUAUAUCACGUUCAAUGGAUACCUCAUCAAAGCGAGUGUAGAAGGAAAAUGAAUAAGGCAUGGCUAAGGUCAGUUGUGUGGGAAGCAAACACAUUGAACUGACACGAGAGCACAAAGAAAUUCACUGUAAAAUUCUUAUUUUCUUGCUUUUAUAAUCAGAUUUU